AUGGAUGGAGUUGCCGUGCCACAUACCGAGACUUUGAAUCCUGAAACGGAGGCCUUGGACUUGGACAUGGCUCCAUCACGGAGAAACUCCCACAGCUCGGAUGAAAGCCCCCUUGAUGAGACGGCAUCCUAUGAGUUGGCCAAGCUGAGAAGCAGCUUGCACCACCAAAAGAGGCUGAAUGAAGCCAAUGAGGCAGAAAGUGAGCCCGCACAACAACCUGAGACAGAGAGAUGCCUGAAGAGAGAAUGCCUUACUACCUGGCAAUUUGAAUCAUUUUUCGCCGCGGUGCUGGUGAGCAAUGCCAUAUUCCUGGGGGUGCAGACGGAAUGGACAUCCGCGAAUUUGCAUGCCGAGCAGCCGACUGCCUUUGCAGUGCUUCAGACGGUUUAUGCGGCCCUUUUCAUCGCCGAGAUUGUCUUGAGGAUCGCAGCACGGGGCAUUCGGGCCUACAUUUGCUCCUCCGACUGGGCCUGGCACUUCCUGGACAUCUUCGUCUCGGUGUCGGCGGUCCUGGACGUUGUGACCAUGUUCCUAGGCAACGACGCUGCCCCGACAGGAAGCUCCUCCAGCGGGUUCCGCCUGCUGCGGAUCAUGAAGAUCGCCCGGCUUGCUCGGGCGAUCCGCGUCGUUAAGGUGUUGCGUUUCAUCCGAGCGCUUCGGGUGUUAGUGUACUCCAUCCUGCACACCUUGCGCUCGCUGGUGUGGUCCCUGGUCCUGCUGCUGGUUAUCAUAUAUUCCUUUGGCAUCCUUUUCGCAGAUGCCACCAUCGACCACCUGCUGGAGGAUACAGAGAUCCCAGCGCAUGUCUCGGAAGGCUUGGCAGAGCACUUUGGAAGCUUGUUCGCAUCCAUGAACACGCUCUUUCGAUCCAUCUCCGGCGGUGUGACUUGGGAAGUGCCAGCGAAGUCCCUGCAGCACAUUGGCAUGGAGUGGGUCUUGGGCUUCACCUUCUACGUGGCCUUCUGCCUUUUUGCAGUGUUGAAUGUCAUGACAGGCGUCUUUUGCCACUCGGCCAUUACCGGAGCUGAGAAAGAUCAAGAUCUCUUAGUGCAAGCGCUGCUGGCGGAGAAGGAGACCUUCAAGAAGCGUCUCCUGGACCUCUUCAACCAAGUGGAUGAUGGCACGGGCCAGGUGACCUUAGUGGAGUUCGAGAACCGCUUCGAGGAAGAGUCGGUGCGCGCCUUGUUCGAAGCUCUCGAACUCGGAGCCUCGGAUGCCUGGACGCUCUUCCAGAUCUUGGAUGCGGAUGGGAGCAACUACAUCCACGUGGACGAGUUUGUGGACAGCUGUAUCCGCAACCGCGGCAAUGCCAAGUCCGUGGACGUGUGCGCAUUGAGGCAUCAAAUGACAAAGCUUCGCGGCCAGAUGGUGGAUAUGCUGAAAUGCCAGGAGCAGCUGCAAGCUUCGGUGGCAGUCACAUCGCAGAAGGAGAAGCUGCACUUGCAAUGUCGGAUGGAGGAGGCAGAGGCCAAGCGGACGUCUGACAAGUGCGACAAGGCCAGCGCGGAGCUGCAGCGGUCCUUGCAAGAGGACCCCACCUGCCGCAGCUGGCCGGCGCUGAAGGCGAUGACCGCUUCUUCCGCGGCAGCUGACUGCAAGGAUCCGCAAGCAGAGGAAAGCUACGAGGAAUAUUUGGAGCGCAUGCGCAGCGAGUUUGACAGCCAGCUCUUGCUGUACCGGGGCAUCAAGAAUGCCUGCGCGGCACGAGAGAAGGCGAUCAUGAAUUGCGAUCAGGAGAAGAUCGCCUACAUUCAGAAGUUGCAGGUCUGCAACAAGAUGCAGUACCACUUGGAAAAGGCCUCUUGCCAGCAUGCCACUGAGCUGAGAGACGCUUGGAACGGCUACUCCGGGUGCUGGUCCGACAUCAACCGGAGGUACCGUGCCGAGGCCGCACAGGCGAGCCAACUCCAAGAGGCGCAGGUGAAAGAGUUCCAAGCCACCAAGAAGAUCGAGUGCAUGCUGGGAGGAUUCCGAUCGCCACAGCCAAAGAAGGUGUUGCAGAAAUGCGAGGAGGAGGCCCAGAACGCCUCAUUGCCCAGCGAGCUCCAGAUCAGUCUCCUGUGCCCGCCGGCAUACAGGCAGCCAGAGAGGCUGCCGCUUUAUCCCGGCAGCAAGGGCUACGAGACGAAGUAUGCUGGCGUCCCCAGCGAGGCUCCAGUGACCAAGUCGAUCCGCUGCUUGGUGGAGAAAGCCGUGAACGUCUCCGAGGCGGAGCAGGUGCCCUUCGACUGCGAGAAGUAA